AUGAGCGGGACGGUUGACAAGACGGCUGGGCCAACCUCCAGGAGUUCAGGACAGGGCUCUUCACAGAUUGAGCACUCGGCAGAUGCGCCAAGUCGCGAGACCGAAUCAAAACAUGUAUCCAUCACACGAGCAUGUGAGGAAAGCAACAUUGACAGCCUCAUUCGGCUGGCUACAUCAGACGGUGGUCUCAUAAACGACGAAUUACGGCGCAAAGCAUGGCCAUUGCUCAUCGGAAGCGAGGCUGGGGUGGUGGAGGAGCCAGAAAUCAACCUAUCAGCAUGGAAAGAACUGCCUCCACAUCGAGACGAAGACCAGGUGCAGCUCGAUGUCAACCGAGCUUUUGUGUAUUAUCCUCAUGGUGAAUCCGAAAAGAAAAUCGAGGGCCGUAAAUCGAGUCUCUCGGACGUUAUCGUUCAGGUUCUGAGAGAGCAUCCGAUGCUGUGCUAUUUCCAAGGCUACCAUGAUAUAGUACAGGUUCUACUUCUGGUACUUGGCGAUCAGCUUGUGCCAGCAGCCGUAGCUAGGAUAUCCUUAUUACGAAUCCGCGACUACAUGCUUCCAUCUCUCACACCCUCUUUACGACAUCUCCAAUUCAUCCCUAUUCUACUUGGGUCAGCAGACCCAGAGCUAGGAAGGCGUCUUUCGCGCACCCAGCCAUUCUUUGCUCUGGCUGCAACAUUGACGCUUUAUGCACAUGACAUUCAGGAGUACAGCGAUAUUGCACGGCUGUACGAUUUCAUUCUGUCUCACGAGCCGGUUGUAGCAAUCUACAUGUUCACCGCAAUCGUCAUGUCGCGCCGCGAAGAGCUGCUAGAAAUACCAAUCGAGGAGCCCGAAAUGCUACACUUUACCUUGUCGAAGUUGCCGCAGCCAUUGGAUUUGGAAUCACUCAUCUCUAAAACAAUGCAGCUCUUCAACACCCACCCACCAGAGAAAUUGCCUAAUCUGAUAUGGUGGAGAAUACCAUCGAACAGUGUUCUCAAGACUUCUCGGAAUCUCAAGGAAAGGCAAUCAGUCAAGAAAGGAGAGGAGCUCUUUGCGCGCCAGGCAGCCCAGCUGAGGAGAGAAGAGCUGCUGCAAAAGGCAUCGAAGAUGAUGUGGAAGUACCGGAGACCAGCAACGUCGAUAACGUUGACUGUGUUCGCAGGAGUCAUGUCAUUCUGGCUGGCAAGAAAUGGAUAUGAUAGAACACUUUGGGCGUAUCUUGUCCGGCUCAGAGGCGCCUUCCCAUUCAGAAGAUAG